GUUGGUCUUUCGACUCUGCCCAGUUCGGAUGUGUCCGAACUCCCCCGCUGUCUUCGUCUUCGACCAUUCGCUCUACGAAGGGCAGUUUGAUGACGAGGGUUGACAAUUUCAAGUUUACGUUGAAGAAGCAUUACAGAAGUGAUGGUUCCGUCGACGACAUCGCAAAGGGAUGCAAGGUUGCCGGGGAGAUGUUCGGCGGGUACGGCCGACGUGCGAUGUCUUUGCCGUACUUUGUCCCGCUAGCGCCGGGGCACGACGAGGCCGUUCACGUGACAGACUUCCUCGAGGUUGGGCGAGAUCUGGUACCUCUGUCAGUGCCGUGGACGUCGGACCUGGGACAUCGAUCAGUGGUCCUGUUGGGUUCGCGGGAGGAGAGUGCUCUGAAGGGGGGAUGGGAGGUUAGGGUGGCCUGCCAGCUACGCCUCUUGAUCAAGAGGUGGGCAUGUCAGACGACUCGGAGGACGACCAUCCGCGUGCUCCUUCGAAACCGGGGUUUUAUGGAUCUCGCCGCCAAGGUUUGCUUGGGGAGUCGACGCCACGUGGAGGCAGCGAUGGCGAACGGUUGCGACAGGGCUCAGAAUCGACGACUCCUCGUGGUCUGGUCGAAAGGAUUGGUUCGUUCGUUCGUGGCAUGCAGGUGGCCGAGGUUUCGCCUGGAGAUCGCACGGGUGGUCCGCAGAUUCGAGAGUGGGAACGUCGCCGGUGAGGAGGAGGUGUCCGAGCAAGGGCUGUUCCGUGAGAGAUCGGCUGAAAAGACUCAGUCGGGAGGAAAGCGCAACUUGCCAAAUGAGGAAGAGCGAGAGGGAAUAGGUGCUCUGAAAAGGCAGAGAAAGGUAGGAGGGAGUGCUCGGACUCCAACAACACGAGAGGGCGGUUCCGUUGAGAAGAGGAAAAGGGUUGGAGGUGGGGAUGAAACGCCAAAAGACUCGUCGACACAGCGGAGAACUGGUGAGUCUUCCGGGAAACGGUCGAAAUCAUCGAGGGGGAAGAAAGCAGAUGAGGGCGACAGUGGGGAGGGAGAUGACGACGUGGAGAUUAACCUCAACGCCUUUAACCUCGACAAUGCGUUCUUCCUCGAGAUGCAGACAGGGGUGCAGAAGGACAUCGUGUUGCACAUCUAUCCCGAAAGAAUAUUAGUUAUUCCAGACUGGGAAGACGCGUACAACCGUCGAUCCUUGGACGAGUUCCUCGUUGAUACCAUCGCGUCGGCUAUGAUCGACUGCUACGAACGUAAAGACAUGAGAUACACGAAGCCCAUUUUCGUUCUCGCUCCAAUCGUCGCGCCUCCAGAGAACGGCGAGCCUGCUGUGCGCGUGCUGCCUGCUGACUUCGACAGCUCACAGACGGAGAAAUACUGGUAUUAUCCUAUGUGUGGACAGCAUAACGCGAGGGCGGCGAUGACGGUGGAAGACCAUCCCGUGUUUGAGUACUACAACUUCUGUAAAUGGCCGUUCAGACCGAUCUACUUCCCUGACGACGAGUUUGACGGCUACGCCCAUGUCAGCGGCGAAGAUAACAUAAAAGACAAGAAUAAUCCACCGCUCUUGCAGGUUUUGUCUAUGCGGGACAUUCACAAUAUCUGGAAAAUUAAGGGCAAACUGCGUGUGGUGCUCGGCAAUGCUUCGAAGAAAAAGGACGAGGUGCGAAAGUGGGUGCAGUUCAUGGCAUUGGCUAUGAAGAAGACACCGUACACGUCUUUGUGGAACCUGUCAACGGAAGAAAAGAAAAGAAAGGAAUGGGCUGAGAAACUUCGAUACUACCUCCCACUGGCCAUGGUAGAUGACUCCGUCGUCGCUUUGGGAGAGAAGUUAUAUGAGGAGUGGUCGAAAGGGAAACUCCUUGCUUCUGACGGUCGGCGUUGCACUGAAAAGGCGCCCACCCAUGAGGAGGUGGCCAAGCCAGGACUCUCGACUGUGACUGACAGCCAGGGGUUGAAGAAACACGUUUGCGCCUUGACGACGCUGGUCCAGUUUAACGUCGACCUAUUGAGUGUCAUAGAUCAUAAGGAGGCGCUGGGAAAACUAGGGCAUCAGCUACGCUCCCACACUUGCGUGCUCGACUUGUGCGGAACUGUGGACCGUGCGCAAUGGGAUUCUGGGGCAUUCGCGUCUCUAAGUGAGUUGUUGGGCUUCGUUUGUCAGGACUACUGGACAUUGGUGGUAUUCGUUCCCUGCCUGUGGAACCUCUCCUUCAUGACAUCUUUGUCUGCACUUGGGGCUACCCGAUGCUACACGGGGAAGUGGGUUUGGAAGACGGCAGCGAAGAAGACGCAUCAGUUCGGAAACAACGUCUGGGAGGAGCCGGAUGUGAUGCACAUCGUUUUCAAAGGCGAGGAUCCUCGGCUACUGACUCACCCGGUGUACGAGGGAGCUGUUGCUGAAGACGUUGCCGCCGCUCUCCAGAGAAAACAAAAAGUGACACCCACGCAUGUGGAGGAGAAGUCCUUCAAGUCCUUGACUUUCGCGGACAUUGGAAACCUCACCCAGAGGGGGGCUCUGUACAAGGACAGCGAGCGGAAUCCGAAUCAGUUAUGCAAUCAACUUUUUUUCUUCUGUAGUGUGGCGGAUGCCAUGCUGUUCUUGGGCAAGCCGCACGCACAGGUGGUGUGGAGUCUGCUUCAGCACGGAAGGCACGUCUUGGCCGUGGAUGGGGACACAACGCAGCUCGAAUACACCGUGCAGUAUGUCACCCAUGAAGAUGUUGUCGAUCUGGCCGACUUCACUUUGGAUUACUACAAGCUGGCAUUCGGUGAGGAGGACGACUUCAAUAUCGAGACUGAGAAGGAGGAGAGCGUUGAGGACGACCUCUUCGAUUUGGAUGGGCAAUUGGCCAUCUUCAACGCCCAAGUUUCUGCGUCGCCGUCAGUAUGCAAACCGGGGACACCUCUCGCUACACCCACCUCGGGCAGCCCCACGCCCGUAUCCUCCUCAGCGCCUGUCAAGUGGGGUGGGUUGUCCCGUCUGAGGAGUUCGCCGGGGGAGCCUAUUCGUCUCACACCGCAGCCCGAACGUCUUCGACCCGGCCAUCCAGUUCCUCCGGACCAUCCGCAUCUCAAGGCUCCUGCGACUCCCUUCCACAUGGGCAACAAACACACCUUCUCCACAGCCGAAGACUGGGGCCAUGAUAUCGUGUGGCACCCAGACCAUUUCCAACCAGUCCUUCUCGACGGCAAAUGGGCAGUGGCUGUGAGGGACGUAAGUGGAGGGUGGAUAUAUGACAAUCGUUGGGACCUCGAGACAUUCAAAUCUCGCGCCUACGAUGCGGUUUUGGAGAGAUUAAGUGAGGUCAAUCGACGAAGUAAGGACGACCCUGCUCUGCGCGAAUACGGGGACACGGUGUUCGAUUUAUUGCAGUUAAAUAAAUGGUUGGAAGUGUCCUCCGCGUUUUACGCCCUUCCGUCAAGCCCGUCAAUUAAGCAAGUGAGUUGGGAGUUGCCUGCGGGCACCCCGCUGGCAGGAGUUGUGACGCGCAAGUCUCGCGGAAAGGACGACAAAGGGGAUGGUGAAGGCGGCGGGCAACGAGGUACCGGAGGUGGAAGUGAACAGCGUUUAACGAAACAGCGGUCUCCGGGGCACGCAGGCGGCGGAGAGGGGAAAAAGGGAAGCCGGGAGAAGAAAAAGCCUCGCAGUGGAGAGAAGACAAAGCAUCACACAGGAGACGGGCAGGGGUCCGAUGUCGACUGCGACGAGGACGGUGGGGUUCUGGCGGUGACAGGCAGCACCUCAAUGGAGACGGGGAACGACUUCAGGCCUGGGUGGAUUACACGGCCUGGCGAGCAGAACCCUGUGAUUAGCUCCACCAGCGCAACACAGUAUACUGAUGUUGUUGGCGGGGAAGUUGUAGCAAAGAAUGGAACUUGCUUCGCUCAGCUCCUAAAACGGUUGGUCGAUUGUCUCGGAUCUAUCCGAACCUCGGAGAUGACAUCGUCGUCCGGAACUCAGUGCCUUCCGGGAAGCGAGACGACAACAUACCACGGAUCCGGCAGCGACAAGCUCCAACCAUGUUCGGUUUCGCCUCAAAAGAAAGUUCAGAUUAAUCCGAACCGGGAAGCCAGUACCGUUGAGAGAGCACAGCGGUCUCCGGAACUCGAACGGGUGGUCCGGGUUUUCGAAAACCCUGGCGGCGAAAUUCGGAUUCAUCCGAACCAAGAGGACGUGUCCGCCAUGACAGACGACCGGUGUCAGGACGCCGUAAUGCUGUGCAUGGAAGUCCACAAGGAGCUGCAGGCAGACUGUCCGACUGAGGGUGAGUUAGCGACCAGUUUCAAUGUCCAGCCCCGCACACUUGGAGCCGAAUGUCUGGUGACGGUAUGCGCUGAGUUAACAGCCUUAAGCGACUCUCCGGUGAAAGUGGACACGUCGUCGCCGUUGGAAACUGCGGGGGCUCGGAUGAAUCCGAACAAGGGCCCUGUGAGCAUGUCCCUCCCUGAUGCAGGUUUGGAGACGACCGUAAUUCAGAUUCAUCCGAGACACACCGACGAAGGACUUGACGGUUGUCGACUUUUGACGACUUUGGACAAGGAUGAUUCCGCCGAUGACCGGAUUGAUCCGACACUCGGCGACAUCGGGAUGGAGCAACCAGUUCAGCUGACAUACGACGACCCCUUGUACUCCGGCCUUCACGACGAGGCAAUGGGAGAGGAUGUUCUGAAGAAGUCCUCUGACGCUGUUGGAGAUAGAUUUCUCUAUUUGAGUGACGAGGAUAAAGACACAGCGCACGAGGACAAGAAGUUAAGGGGGGGAGAGGUGUUGUUGGACAUCCAUGGGACCUUGAGCACAACACAAUGCGACACAGUGGCGACGGAGGAAACCCAACCUGUCGAUGUUGUGGACGUCGACGCUCUUUGUCCGGACACAGACAAACUAAAAUUGCCCGUCGCGGACGUGGAGGAUUUCCGCCAUCGGGAUGGGGAUGAAUUCAUGUCGUCUCCGGUCAUCGAAGCCGACAUCUCGAACCUGUCGAGUUUCCCUGUGAGUUUGGAGCACGUCGUCGCCGCGUCGAGACGCACAGGGGCGCCAAUCGUGCUGGGACUGCCAUCGGUGGGCUUUGGUGACGUUGAAGCUAAGCCUGUGUCGUCCUGUAAACGCAACUACUGUGCCCCGACGGGGGAAUGCUACGCGGCCUUGUGGGGGAUCUGUCACUUCCGAGCGUACUUAUAUGGUCGAAAGUUUACGUUGGUGACCGAUCACGAACCGCUGUUGGCACUGAAGAAGUCCAAGGAUUACUUGGGCAUGAUCGAGCGAUGGGCCACCACGUUGCAGAGUAUGGACUUUGACAUUCGUUAUCGGAAACACGAGAAACACGACAACGCGGGCGGGAUGACACGACUCCACCGCCCCGACAAGGUACCCAGGAGUGAGGAGGUGUUCCCUUGGCGCGAUCCAGAGCCAAAGAACGAGCCUCAGUACGGACAAGUGGAGAUCCUGCCGAAGGGUUAAGUGGACGCGUGUAUCCUGAUUCUCUCGCCCUCCCUCUCUCAGAAUAAUGAAAACUCCCCCUGUCU